CAGGGUAUAAUUCACUCAAUACUUACGUGGCACGACUUAGAAACAGAGCAAAAACAAUCUAUCUUAUUGUUACGAGUGCCUAUUUAUCUAAACUGCAUAUGAAAUAUUCAACUCGGACAUUGUUUAAAAACGAUCCACCAUUUUCAUUCUGUAUAUAGGUCGAGUUUCGACCCCCUGAGUGUUUUUCUGGCUCCGCCACUGCUUGAAAAGUAGUUUCAACUACCAAUUAUCGUAGUAUUAUUGUCAUAUUAAAAACGGGUACUGUCAAAAUUGAUUGUGGAAAUUUCAAUACGGUAAAUUAAUUUUAUUUAGAUAUUUUGAUAUUUUUACAUUAAUAUGUUUACUUCGGAGAUUUCACAUAUUUAAAUCAUUUACUCCAAUUUAAUUUCAAUAAAUGUAAAAAUAAAUUUAUUGAUUUUAGGAACAACCCGUCCCAAAUAGGGGUGACACGUGAGUGUUACCGUUUUUACGUUCAAAGAAGUAACGCACAUCAAUAUAAGAGUUGUGCUAGGUGUACACAUUUUUGUGUACACUUUUCGUACAUUCGGAGUAUAAUGCUCAAGAAUGGUCACUUCUCUUCUCUUCUCUCAAAUCAACACAGAGUAUAAUGCACGGCCGGCCCAAGGGAGGCCUAAAAAGUUGAAGGCAAAAUAAAAAUAAAAUUUAAUACUCCUUCCGUCCCAAUUUAAUUAACAAAAUUUUCUAUUUUGAUUGUCCCAAAAUGAUUUUUCAUUUUCUACUUUAGGUAUGUAAAUAAGAAUAAAGUGACAAAUCUACCUUUACUUUUUCUUUUUUUUUUCAUUAACUUAAAACAUCUAGCCCAAGUCCAAAAAAAAAAAAGAAAGUUAAGGUGUAGCCAUUCUGAAUAAAGCGUACAAGCCUUCCUGCAAUUGAAGAGUUCUCCAAAGCCACCAGAAGCCUACAAGCGUUCGUCGGCAACUAGCAACGGCUGCAAGCAAAUCUGCAACGCCAAGUCGCUGACCUCUCCAGGGGCCCAGUCGCCCAGCGUCUAGGACUAGGGCCUCCAGCCGCCACCGUAGCACGCCAGUCGCCAGUCCCGCAGUUCGCCAGUCCCGCAGUUUGUACCAUCCACCAGUGCAACACGAGUCAACCGUCUACGGACUCUGCUCACUUCCCCUGAAGCUGUGAAGCAGGCUUCAUUUGGUAAACUCUUCUUCAGGAAGGAAGCUCUGAAGCUCAAGGAGCCUACUGAUAAUGGAGAGCGCCACCUUGUUCGCAGGACUUCAGCCCACUCCCAGUUAUGACUAUCAUUACCCUCUGACUUCAGCCUGCUUCCUUCGUCUUCCCAUUCAGCCUAUUGGCAAAAGGCAAUUUUCUCCUCUCCCUGUCAAGCCUCAAAAGCAUUCGUAUUUUGUUUCUCACAAUAAUAAUACUCUGCGUGUGGCCUCGCCGGUGAGCAAUGUCACAACUGAAUUAGCAAGCAUUGAUUGGGACAGCCUUGGAUUUGGAUUCAUUCCCACUGAUUAUAUGUAUAUCAUGAAAUGUGCUCAAGGUAAAAACUUUACUAAGGGUGAAUUACAGCGAUUUGGGAACAUCGAAUUGAGCCCAUCUGCAGGGAUAUUAAAUUAUGGCCAGGGCUUGUUUGAGGGAUUAAAAGCCUACAGAAAGGACGAUGGCAGCAUUUUGUUGUUUCGUCCUGAAGAAAAUGCUUUGCGCUUGAAGAUGGGGGCUGAGCGUAUGUGUAUGCCUUCACCGACAGUUGAGCAGUUUCUCGAUGCAGUGAAAGCUACUGUCUUAGCCAAUAAGAAAUGGAUUCCACCACCUGGCAAAGGAUCACUGUAUAUCAGACCAUUGCUUAUGGGGAGUGGAUCUGUACUUGGUCUUGCUCCCGCUCCAGAAUAUACCUUUUUAAUUUACGUCUCACCUGUGGGUAACUACUUUAAGGAAGGAUUAGCACCAAUUAAUCUGGUGGUUGAAACUGAAAUGCAUCGUGCAUCCCCUGGAGGUACUGGAAGCGUCAAGACUAUAGGAAACUAUGCUGCAGUGCUGAAGGCACAGAGUGCUGCUAAAGCGAAAGGCUAUUCUGAUGUUUUGUACCUUGAUAGUGUUCAUAACAAAUUUCUGGAAGAGGUUUCUUCUUGCAAUGUGUUUGUUGUGAAGGGUAAUAUGAUAGUAACUCCAGCAAUAAAAGGGACCAUCCUGCCCGGCAUAACCCGGAAGAGCAUUAUUGAUCUGGCUGUCAGCCAAGGUUUCAAGGUUGAAGAACGAUUUGUGUCCGUAGAUGAAUUGCUUGACGCUGACGAAGUGUUCUGUACUGGUACAGCUGUGGUUGUAUCCCCCGUUGGCAGUAUAACCUAUUUAGGGAAACGGGUGACUUAUGGAAGCAAUGGGGUUGGUGUGGUGUCACAACAAUUGUAUUCAUCACUAACUAGACUCCAGAUGGGGAUUGCAGAGGAUAACAUGGGAUGGGUUGUUGAGCUCAAGUAAUCCAUGUUGGUCCUUUGCAGUUUGUUAUUAUUAAUUCAAUUUAUUGGUCUUUUCCUUUAGUUUCUGAGAAGUUUCAUCUGUGGAGAUGCUAGAAUUGGAAAUGGUACUAUCUGGUUCUCUAUACUAUGUGUUUUUGGCUAGAUUACAUUUAAAAGCAUUCAUAUAAACACAAUUAUCAGCAAGUCUCCCUACCUAUAUGGCUA